CAAGUUACAUGCGUGCACGAAGAAUUGCGAUACGAAUUAUUGAAACGAGUUAACGAACGAAAAGCUUGCAGUGAAGAGAAAGAACUAAUAUUGAAAGAAAACAAGUGUCUGAGAGCCGAGCAUCAGAGAGCGUCGCUCGUCGAGAAAGGAUUCCACAUUGUGCCGUUAAUAUGCGGUUUUGUUGUUAAAAAACGGUAGCUUUGUAAACGAAGCACCGGUGGCCAGCGGUUGUAAGCUGAUAGCAAGUUGUCUGGCUCGUGCUAACCUCAAAAUCAAAAAUCUACAACAAGCCACAAAAUGAUAAAUUGGACGAGUUUACGACUGCAGGUACCAAUGCUGAGGCGGUGCCUGAGCACACUGACCAAAUCAGAGGCCAGAAAAAAGCGAAACGAGUUAUUCGACAGCGAGGCGAAACGUCAGAGAGCAGCGGUGGGUCGUAUCGAGAAAAUAGAGGUUAAGUACUCGGGACCGUCGGACGAAAUUACGCUCGUAAUGAACAAGCAUUUAUCUACGCCCUUUGACUGUGCUAAGCACAUUUCGGAGGGCGUAACGAAGGUCGCCGCCCUCGCCGAAGUCAACGGGACCCCCUGGGACAUGCACAGACCGUUCAACUCCGAGUGCGAGAUAAAGUUCGUUACAAUGGCAUCACCAGAAUCGCAGGUUGUGAACAAAGCCUUCUGGCGGUCCUGUUCACUGAUGAUGGGUGCCGUAGCUGAAACCGCAUUCAAAGACAGCAUCAGCAUCCACCUUCAUAGUUUUCCGAUACCAAACGUGAGGUCGGGUAGUUUUCUGCACGACAUUUCCCUUGGCUUCGAAGACUGGAAACCAACAGUCGCAGAGCUGCAAUCCUUGUCUGCUCUGUACAUCAAACUCAGUCAGAAAAACCUACCAAUUGAGCGUCUGGUCGUCGGAGAAAGCAUAGCGCUCGAAAUGUUCCAGGAUAAUCCCUACAAGAGUGAACAGAUACCAAAUAUCGCAAGGCACAGUGAGGACAGCGUCACUCUCUAUCGUAUUGGGGAUCACAUCGAUGUUAGCAAAGGACCUAUGAUUGGCAACACUGGGAUCAUCGGCAGGUGCACCGUCGCUUCUGUGCACAAAUUGUCCACCGACGAGUACGGAACCUUGUACAGAUUCCAGGGAGUUGCACUUCCCGCUGGAAUUCUUUUGAAUCAUUUUGCAUAUGGAAUUUUGGAGGAACGUGCCAGAAAGUUGAACAAUUCCGUUUGGGUUCCUAGCAAAAUUGUCGAAGAUUCGGAGGACCAAAUUGCUGCGGUGGCUAAUUAGUACUGUAUAUGUCAUGUAAUUUAAAGAAUGUAAAUAAAGUAAAAACCGAUUUAUCAAAA